AUGGCUCCCCGCUACCAAAGCGUCGCUGUGAUCGGUGCCGGUCCAUCUGGCAUCUCCGCCUUGAAAGCCCUGAAGGAGGAAAACAUCUUUCAGACCAUUCGCCUCUUCGAGCGGCGUGAUAAGGUGGGCGGGAUUUGGCACCUUGAUGAGACCCCCGAUCGAUUCCCCUCACCACUUUCCUCGAAGCAAAAAGAAGAGCGGUUUCCAUCUCGCCUUCCAUCACUAGAACCGCCUGCGCCCGAAGACCUGACAGCACGCACCGCGAUCUAUGAAGGUCUCGACAGCAAUGUCGGGGCUAAAGCCAUGUCAUUCACGCAUACGCCUUUCCCAGAAAAGAACUCUGCCUCUUCUACCAGGAAUUUUGGCCGGUUGAACCCGACCCGCCCGUUCCGAGUUGUCAGAAAGUAUUUGGAGGAUGUUUUCCAGGACUACCUUCAUUUGGCCUCUCUCAAUACAACGGUUGAGAAGUUGGAGAAGCGAGACCAGAAGUGGCACCUAACACUUCGACAGACUGGGCACUUGGAUGAAGGAAUCCCCAAGGAUUAUUGGUGGCAGGAAGAAUUUGACGCAGUCGUUGUCGCAUCUGGUCAUUACAGCGUGCCAUUUAUUCCUAUUGUGCCCGGGAUAGGAGCGACUGCUCAACGCUACCCGACCGUGUUUGAACAUUCCAAGGAGUUCCGAAAGGCCGACGACUACGUCGACAAACGCGUCGUUGUUGUCGGGGGCAGUGUAUCAUCAGCGGAUCUCGUCGCUGAUUUACACGCAAUUGUCCGAGGUCCUCUUGAGCUAUCGCAGAGAGGAAAAAACGAAGCUCUUCAAUCCGCCUGGGACCUCCCAAAUGUCAAAGCGCGACCUACAAUCAAAGAAUUCAAACCCACCGAAGACGGCGUCACCGUCAUUUUCUCCGACAAUACCGUGAUAGAAAAAGUGGACAAAGUCAUCUUCGCGACCGGAUACAAGCUGUCAUACCCCUUCAUUGUCCCAAACCCGGUGACGGCAAACAACCGGCUCUCCGGAUUCUACCAACACAUUUUCAAGAUCGGAGACCCGUCCCUUGCGCUCGUCGGUCAGGUUCGCGCUGGGAUCAGCUUCCGCGUCUAUGAAUACCAGGCCGUGGCCGUGGCGCGCUACUUCGCUGGAAGAAACGCGAAUCCUCUGCCAACACCGCAAGAGCAGGAUCUUUGGGAAGUGAAGAGACUUCAAUACAAGGGCCCCACAGCCUUAUUCCAUGAGAUCAAGCCUGACUUCGCGGAGUAUUUCGCUUUCCUGACCGGAUUGGCUGGUCCACCUGCACCUGGAACGGAAAGCUAUGAGCUUCCCCCUUGGGAGGAUCGAUGGGCUGAGCAAGCUUUUGAAAUCCUUCAGAGUAAAGAUAGGUAUUGGAAAUCUUUGCGGAGGGCAGCUGACGAUGAACGCCCGUUGACGGCGAAAUUAUGA